UGAAAUGAACCUGAGAAAUGAUGGAAGAACUUCUGAUCAAGUCCGUCCCAUUUUUUUAAAAUCUGGGGUCAUAAGCCAAGCCAAAGGGUCUGCCUAUCUUGAGAUGGACAAAACAAAGAUCAUGUGUGCAGUGUAUGGCCCUCGACAGGUUAGAAGAGAGGACUUCAGUCUGCAGGGACAACUCACCUGUGAGUUCAAGUUUUUAACUUUCUCCUGCAAGUAUAGGCGGCAGCACCAGCAAGACAACCAGGAGAAAGACUAUUCAGUGAUAUUAUUAGAGGCAUUAGAACCAGCUGUAAGACUGGAGAAGUUCCCAAAGGCCAAGCUUGAUAUUUUUGUGACAGUUUUGGAAGAUGAUGGAAGUUCUUUAAGUGGAGCCAUUACAGCAGCCUCAGUGGCACUGGCAGAUGCAGGGAUAGAGAUGUAUGAUCUUGUUGUUGGGGCUGCUCUGAGACAAAAUGGGAAGAUGGUACUAAUGGACCCCUGUGGACCAGAGGAAUAUAGACCAGAGAGAGCACCAGCAGAGGUGAACCAGGGCAGUAUCACUGUGGGACUGAUGCCCUCUAUGCACCAGGUGGCAGCACUGGCUUUGAGAGGAGAACUAGAUCAGCAGACGACAGCCAAGGGCAUCAAAUUAUGUAUAGAAACUUGCCAGAAAAUUUAUCCAGUGGUGCAAGAAUGUCUCAUACAAUCAGUGAAGAAAAAGCUUGCAGAGCAGAAACCAGAGUGAUUUGUGAAGUCUGCAAUUUUCUUGAGGACAAGUGCCGUGAUUCGCAAGCAAGUGGUGCCCCUAGUGAGAGGAAUGGAAACCAGUAGCUGGCACUGGAAUCCAAUUGCCAGGGCAAUGGUACUGACUGGAGAAAUUAUUUGGUGUAAAAAGCAGAUGUUUACACAGAUGUUGCAACAAAUUAUGUUUUUUCUUAAUAAUUGUAACCGUGUUUUAGCUACUGCUAAAUGGGUUUAUCUGAAAGAUUUCCAAAACCUGUUGUUGUCAGUUUUAACAUACACACUCAUGCAGAGAGAGAGAGAGAGAGAGAGAGAGAGAGAGAGAGAGAGAAAUUGGAAAUAAAAGAAA